AUGACCGACACACAGAUACCUCGGAAUGAACACGACGUCAUUAUUGUUGGAGCUGGUGUCGCUGGGGCAGCACUAGCGACAGUUCUGGCGCGUGAUGGGCGUCGAGUUCUGGCUAUCGAGCGCGACUUGCGUGAACCAGACCGCAUUGUUGGUGAACUGCUGCAGCCGGGAGGCUGCGCAAAGCUCCGAGACCUGGGUCUCGAAGCAGCACUGGAAGGAAUUGAUGCGCAACAAGUGUUCGGUUACGGUUUGUUUCUUGAGGGUCGGCGUUCCUGUAUAGAGUACAAUGAAGCGUGCAGGGAGCCGAAGAACGCCAAGGCCGCUGAGCAACCGUUGUUACUGGGGCGCUCGUUCCAUAACGGGCGUUUCGUUAGACGCUUGCGUGAGCUUGCGCAGGCCGAGCCCAAUUGUGAGCUCGUUGAGGGCGUGGUGACAGAGCUGCUUUUUGACGCACGGCCGGGGCAGCGGCCGCCUCGCGUGGUUGGCGUUGUGUACCGCGCUGGUACGUCGAGCACGGAGCAGCGGGUCGCGUACGCUGCGCUCACUAUUGCGUGUGACGGAUGUGCGUCUCGUCUACGUAAGCAAGCGUUACCGUCGGCGCAGCAUCAAGUCCCGUCGAACUUUGUGGGCCUGAUUUUGACGGAAUGCUCGCUGCCGUUUCCCGGUCAUGGUCACGUUGUGCUCACGGAUCGUGCCCCUGUGCUGUUUUAUCCGAUUUCGAGCUCGGAGGUGCGCUGCCUUGUGGACGUACCCGGUGGCAAGUUGCCGCUCGAUGCCAAUGGUCGUCAAAUGGAUUUACGGACUUAUAUGGAACAAGUCAUCGGCCCGCAGAUUCCGGAGCCGCUGCAGCACCCGUUUCUUACGGCUGUUGCCAAGGAGGACUUUCGCUCGAUGCCCAAUCGCGUGAUGCCGGCGCGUCCGCUGGCGCUAAAGGGCGCUAUUCUUCUCGGUGACUCGUUUAAUAUGCGUCACCCUUUGACGGGAGGGGGCAUGACGGUCGCGCUCUCCGAUGUUGCGCUUAUCCGACGCUUCUUGCGUCUGAUUCCCGAUCUGCAUGAUGAUGAAGCUCUGCGAUUCCAUCUGGAAUUGUUCUAUCGUAACCGAAGGCCGCUUAGCGCUACCAUCAACAUUCUGGCAAAUGCUCUGUACGGCAUACUGUGUGGAUCUCCCGAGCGAGCGCGCAAGGAUAUGCGGCAUGCUUUUUUGGACUAUCUGCAGCUAGGCGGGCGUUGUGCAGCGGAUCCCAUUCGAAUGCUGGGCGGACUGGAGCCGUCACCAUCGCUCCUCGUUGCGCACUUCUUUGCGGUGGCUGUUUUCGGAUGUGGCCGCGUGCUGCUCCCUGUUCCCACACCGGCCCGGCUCGCCAAAGCGUGGGACCUGUUUUGUACAGCGUUUAAUAUAGCGAAACCGUUGAUUGAUGGAGAAGGCGUGACGCCACUAGCAUACAUACCCGUUUCGCGCAUCCCAGCUGGGAGCGGGUGGUUGAUCUGUACCGUUUUCGUCACGCUUGCCAUCUUCAUCGGCUACACUUGGAUACGAUAA